AGCUGAAGGCAGAUGUCGUCCCAAAGACAGCUGAGAACUUCAGAGCCCUGUGCACUGGUGAGAAGGGCUUUGGCUACAAAGGCUCCACCUUCCACAGGGUGAUCCCUUCCUUCAUGUGCCAGGCGGGCGACUUCACCAACCACAAUGGCACAGGCGGGAAAUCCAUCUACGGAAGCCGCUUUCCUGACGAGAACUUCACACUGAAGCACGUGGGGCCGGGUGUCCUGUCCAUGGCUAAUGCUGGUCCUAACACCAAUGGCUCCCAGUUCUUCAUCUGCACCAUAAAGACAGACUGGUUGGAUGGCAAGCAUGUUGUGUUUGGUCACGUCAAAGAGGGCAUGGACGUCGUGAAGAAAAUAGAAUCUUUCGGCUCUAAGAGUGGGAAGACAUCCAAGAAGAUUGUCAUCACAGACUGUGGCCAGUUGAGCUAAUCUGUGGCCAGGGUGCUGGGAUGGUGGCAGCUGCAAAUGUCUAUGCACCCAGAUGGCUGCCUUGGCUCUCAGCCAAGGUGCCCAAAAUGAUAUCUGUGCCCACUCCACCAUCAUGGUGUGCCUGAGGAAGGCUGCUCAGGGAUGUCGGACCUCGGCCAGGACCCACCACACUGCUUCCUAAUACCCACCCUUCCUCACGACCUCAUUUCUAGGCAUCUUUGUGGACAUGAUGUCACCCACCCCUCGUCAAGCAUUGCCUGUGAUUGCCCAACCCAGAUUCAUCUGUGCCUUGGACAUGGUGGUGGUGAUGGGUUAGCAUCCAAGUGAAGGUCUUUUCCUUGACCAAGGGGGACAGUCAGUUUUGCAAAAGGACUCUAAUACCUGUUUAAUGUUGUCUUCCUAAUUGGGAUAAUUUAGUUAGCAAGAUUGACUAGAAGUGAAGCUGCAACACUAACUUCCCCAUGCUGUGGUGUGACCUGAGUUGGUGACACAGACCACAGACCCCAGAGCUUGGCUUUUGAAACACAACUCAGGGCUUUUGUGAAGGUUCCCUCAGCUGAGAUCUUUCCUCCUGGUUACUGUGAAGCCCGCUGGUUUGCUGCUGUCAUUUCUGAGGAGGGCCUAUGGGGGUAGGAGCAGUUGAACCUGGGAACAAACCUCACUUGAGCUGUGCCUAGACAAUGUGAAUUCCUGUGUUGCUAACAGAAGUGGCCUGUAAGCUCCUGUGCUCUGGAGGGAAGCAUUUCCUGAUAGGCUUUGAUUUUUCUGUGUGUUAAAGAAAUUCAAUCUACUGAUGAUGUAUUAUACAUAAAACAUUUCUGGAACAUGUAUUUGUGUUCACCUUAAAUGUGAAAAUAAAUCCUAUUUUCUAUGAAAGACUGGUACCUGGUUUCUGGAAGAGGGAUCUGUAACUUGGAGCUGAUCUUUACUGAGCUUGCCGUGGCGGGUGCCAUGCUCAGGACGUUCAUGUGGACGGUUUCAUGUCGUCAUGCUGGCAACUUGUCCUCCCUGCCUUAGAAAUGAGGCUCAGACAAGCGACCUUAGCACCCACAGCCUGUGCCAUGAGCACUGGCUUCACCCUGAAUCCCAGCUCCUCCCCUUAGUGACCCCGAGUCUCAGUUUCCCUCAGCUGCAUAAGGAGGCAAUAUAGUUUGAAUAUUUGUCCCCAGCCAAAUCUCAUGUUGAACUGUAAUCCCCGGUGCUGAAGGUGGGACAUAGUGCGAGGUGUUUGGAUCAUGGGGACGGGUCUCUCAUGGCUUGGUGCUGUUUCCUUGAUAGUGAGUUAUUGCAAGAUCUGGUCAUUUAAAGUGUGUGGCACCUCCCCCUGGCCCCCUCUUGCUCCUGCUUUCCCUAUGUGACAUGCCUAAUCCCCCUUCACCUUGUGCCAUGGUCAUAAGCUUCCUGAGGCCUCCCUGGAAGCCAAGCAGGUGCCAGCACCAUGCUUCCUGUACAUCCUGCAGAACCAUAAGCCAAUUAAACCUCUUCAAUAAUAAA